AUGGAAGCGCAGUGUAAAUGUGUGGAGUGCACAACUUCCCACAUUAUGGAUAAUGAUUACAAGAGAGACUUACAGAAUUUAAUACUUAGAAUGUGUCGGAUGAUCUUUCGUGCACUCCAGGAAGGAACUAAUACGGCCAAUCUGCGAACAAUAAAACAAAAAAUGUAUCACGGAGAUGUCAACUCAAAGUAUGAUUUGGAUCAGUUCAUCGGGAUCUUUAAAUCAGCAAAAUAUUUACCAUACAUCGCCGGAGUUCACCAUGACCCGAUUAGCACGGUCACCUUUGAUUUCAAUUGGGAGAUCAAGGAACACAAAGAGAAUAUGGAUAGCAUCAUCUUAAUUAGUAAAGAUUGGUACAAACCAUUCUUGGAAUAUGUUGGAAAAAUGGACCGAUGGAGGCAGCAUUAUUGGCGAGAUGUUACCGAAUCUUCCCCACACGCCGAGGAACUUCUUCGCAGUAUCAAGGACCGCCUACCCGGGUUUAAAUACCUUUACGAUUUUCAUUGGAAUGUCACCACCACCUUUGAACAGCAACAAGAACCCAGCGUCCUAUUAUUGGCUUCUGAAUGCGGCGUAUUUGCCAUUGUUGUGAUAAAAUUUUGGAAUCAAGACAAUCACCAUAGUGAUGAACCCGAAAUCUAUAAUGAAUGGGUCAGGGCCUAUAAACUUUACGCCGCCGAAAAACAUGGAAACAAGUGUUUGAUGGUAAUUGGAGCCACAUAUACUAAUGAUCCUGACGUCAUGGAACCUCUUGAAUUCGUUGACGAAAUCGAUUACUCAAUUGCGCUCUCAGUACAAUCAUUCGCCACAACAGCACCACAUUUCACCUCACAUUCAAACGUCAAACGCAUAAUCCCGUGGACUUCAAAACCUACGGAGAAUGUUUUACAAGCAGCUCAAGCCCACUUCAGAAGAAUGCCAAUAAAUCCCGGAAAAUGUCCGGCCGUGGUAGGCACAGAAUGGAUAUACUACGGCGGGAAGACCGAUAGUGAAUGCGAUGAAUAUGACUUAAAUGAUGACUACAAAUGUUAUUAUGAUAAUCGCAAUUUUUAUUAA